UCUCUCUCUCUCUCUCUGCCUCUCCCAGUCGAGCUAGCUCGCUGUUGGUGUGUGAGAGGGGCAGCUGGCGGUCUAUGCUCUGCUCGGCUCACUGCUAGCAAUGGCGCUGCGAGCGGGCCAGCUCUUUUCUCCGUGUCUACUCGCGGUGGCUUUGUUAUCGCUCGCCAGCGGACCACAGUUCGGACUUUGCUGUCCGAGUCGCUGUCUAUGUUUCCGAACCACCGUGAGAUGUAUGCACCUAAACCUGGAAACCGUACCAGCAGUUUCUCCUCAGACUACCAUCCUAGACCUGAGGUUCAACAAAAUCAAGGAUAUACAGCCGGGCUCCUUCAGACGAUUAAAGAACCUCAACACACUCCUCCUCAACAACAAUCAUAUACGAAGGAUCCCCAGGGGGGCAUUUGAAGACCUGGAAAACCUCAAAUAUCUCUAUUUGUACAAGAAUGAAAUCCAAUCAAUUGACAGACAAGCAUUUAAGGGGCUUGUCUCUCUUGAGCAACUGUACCUGCAUUUCAACAACAUCGAGUCUUUGGAACCGGAAUCUUUCACCCACCUACCAAAGCUGGAACGACUGUUUUUGCACAACAACAGAAUCACCCAACUCGUCCCAGGAACCUUCUCUCAUCUUCAGGCCAUGAAGCGAUUGCGACUGGAUUCCAACGCAUUAAACUGUGACUGUGAGCUGCUGUGGCUGGCCGACCUGCUGAAGCAGUACGCUGAGUCGGGUAAUGCCCAGGCCGCCGCCACCUGCGACUACCCCAGCCGCCUGCAGGGCAGAUCGGUGGCAACGCUCACGGCUGAGGAGCUCAACUGUGAGGUACCCAGGAUCACCUCAGAGCCCCAGGAUGUGGACGUUACAUCAGGGAACACUGUCUACUUCACCUGCAGGGCCGAAGGCAACCCCAAACCACAGAUCAUCUGGCUCAGGAACAACAACGCUCUGAACAUGCGUGACGACAGUCGUCUGAACCUGCUGGAAGACGGGACGCUGAUGAUCCAGGACACCAGGGAGACAGACCAGGGAGUCUACCAGUGCAUGGCCAAAAACGUGGCUGGGGAGGUCAAGACUUCACAGGUCACACUGCGGUAUUUCGGAGCCCCCUCACGGCCAAGUUUCGUGAUCCAGCCCCAGAACACUGAGGUACUGGUGGGAGAGAGUGUCACCCUGGAGUGCAGUGCCACAGGCCAGCCACAGCCCCGGGUCUCCUGGACAAAGGGCGACCGGACCCCGCUGCCCAACGACGCUCGCAUCAACAUCACCCCCUCUGGAGGGCUGUUUAUCCAGAACGUGGUCCAGGCCGAUGGGGGACAAUACACCUGUUUUGCCUCCAAUAACGUUGACACCAUACAUGCCACAGCUUAUAUCAUUGUACAAGCGAUCCCACAGCUCACAGUCACACCGCAGGACCAGUCAGUCCUGGAGGGUCACACGGUGGACUUCCCUUGCGAGGCGAGCGGUUACCCACAACCAGUGAUCGCCUGGACAAGGGGGGGCAGCCCGUUACCCCUGGACCGCCGUCACGCGGUCCUGUCUUCUGGUACUCUCCGCAUCACUCGGGUGGCAGCCCAUGACGAGGGCCAGUACGAGUGCCAGGCCGUCAGCCCUGUGGGGACUGUGCAGACGGCUGUUCAGCUCAGCAUCCAGCAGAGAGUAACGCCUGUUUUCACAAAUGCUCCAAGGGACCUGACGGUUGAGUCUGGCCAGGAUGUCCAGAUUCCCUGCAGUGCUCAGGGCCAGCCACAGCCUGUCCUCACCUGGAACAAGGAUGGUGUGCAGGUGACAGAAAGUGGCAAGUUUCACAUCAGCCCUGAGGGUUACCUGGAGGUGAAGGACGUGGGCACUGCUGACGCUGGACGCUACGAGUGUGUCGCUCGCAAUCCCAUCGGCUACCAGGUGGCUAGCAUGGUGCUCACCGUCACAGUUCCUGCAGUCAGCAGAGAGGGAGACACCUUUGUGAGCACCUCCAUAGAGCAGGCCAUCCGUAACGUGGACAGUGCUAUUGAGUCCACAAGGAGACGUCUCUUUGAUGGUCAGCCUCGUACCCCAGGAGAGUUGCUAGCUCUUUUCCGGUAUCCACGGGACCCCUACACGGUGGAGCAGGCGCGAGCUGGGGAGAUCUUCGAGCAAACUCUUCUGCUCAUCCAGAACCACGUCAACCAGGGGCUCAUGGUCGACACCAACGGCACCGCGUUUCGCUACAAUGACCUGGUGUCCCCCCACUUCCUGGAUGUGAUCGCCAACCUGUCCGGCUGCACGGCCCACCGCCGCUUCAACAACUGCUCUGAUAUUUGCUUCCACCAGAAGUACCGCAGCCACGACGGCACCUGCAACAACCUGCAGCACCCCAUGUGGGGCGCCUCGCUCACCGCCUUUGAGCGACUCCUGAAGUCCGUCUAUGAUAAUGGCUUCAACCUGCCGAGAGGCGCUACUGAGCGGCUGCAUAAUGGAUUCAGGCUGCCGCUGCCGAGGCUGGUGUCCACCACCAUGAUCGGAACCGAGACCAUCACCCCCGACGACCGCUACACUCACAUGCUGAUGCAGUGGGGUCAGUUCCUUGACCACGACCUGGACUCGACGGUGGCGGCACUCAGCCAGUCGCGGUUCUCCGACGGCCAGCUGUGCACUCAGGUCUGCACCAAUGACCCACCGUGCUUCCCGAUCCAGUUCCCCCCCAACGACCCACGGCAGCUGCGAAGUGGCGCCCGCUGCAUGUUCUUUGUCCGAUCCAGCCCUGUGUGCGGCAGCGGGAUGACGUCUCUACUCAUGAACAGCGUUUAUCCAAGAGAGCAAAUCAACCAGCUGACGUCUUACAUCGAUGCUUCAAACGUCUACGGCAGCUCGCGACAUGAAUCGGAGGAAAUCCGAGACUUGGCGAGCCAAAGGGGUCUGCUCCGGCAGGGCAUCAUACAGAGAACAGGGAAGCCUCUUCUGCCGUUUGCCACCGGACCGCCAACUGAGUGUAUGAGGGACGAGAACGAGAGUCCAAUUCCCUGUUUCUUAGCAGGAGACCACCGCGCCAACGAGCAGCUCGGGUUGACCGCCAUGCACACGGUUUGGUUCAGGGAACACAACCGCAUAGCCACAGAGCUGCUGAGGCUGAACCCCCACUGGGACGGGGACACCAUCUACCACGAGGCUAGGAAGAUAGUGGGGGCCCAGAUGCAGCACAUCACCUACAGUCACUGGCUGCCAAAGAUCCUGGGUGAGGCGGGCAUGAAGAUGAUGGAGUCGUAUGCCGGUUAUAACCCUAACAUCAACGCUGGCAUCCUCAAUGCUUUCGCCACUGCUGCUUUCCGCUUCGGUCACACCCUCAUCAACCCGAUACUCUACAGGCUCGAUGAGGAAUUCCAGCCCAUCCCCCAGGGACACAUCUCGCUGCACCGGGCCUUCUUCUCCCCGUUCCGCAUCGUGAAUGAGGGCGGCAUCGACCCCCUGCUUCGCGGGCUCUUUGGCGUCGCCGGUAAAAUGCGUGUGUCCACACAGCUGCUAAACACAGAGCUGACGGAGAGGCUGUUCUCGAUGGCCCACGCUGUGGCUCUGGACCUGGCUGCCAUGAAUAUACAGAGAGGAAGGGAUCAUGGGAUACCGCCGUACAAUGAUUACAGGACCUUCUGUAACCUGACCUCAGCUCAGACGUUUGACGAGUUGAGGAAUGAGAUUAAGAACCCGAGUGUCAGAGAGAAACUACAGAGGCUGUAUGGCACUCCGCUCAACAUUGACCUGUUCCCUGCCCUGAUGGCUGAAGACCUGGUUCCUGGCAGUAGACUGGGGCCCACCCUCAUGUGCCUGCUGGUAACUCAGUUCAAACGCCUGCGGGACGGUGACAGAUUCUGGUAUGAAAACCCAGGUGUGUUCACUCCCGCCCAGCUGACCCAGCUGAAGCAGGCCUCUCUGACCCGGGUGCUGUGCGACAACGGGGACAACAUCACACGCAUCCAGCAGGACGUCUUCAGGGUGGCGGAGCUGCCCCACGGCUACGGCAGCUGUGACGACAUCCCUCAGAUUGACCUGCGCAUGUGGCAGGACUGCUGUGAAGACUGCAGAACCAAGGGUCAGUUCAACGCCCUGUCAUACCACUUCAGGGGACGCAGAUCAGCUGAGCACAGCUACAGAGAGAAUAAACCAGACGACAGCAUCCAGGAGAACAGCCCAGUGGAGGAAACGGUAGAAAGUCCAGUAAAUGUUACUCUGACCUCCAAAAAAAGCACUGAACCCUCAGUCACCGACUUCCAGGACUUUGUCUCUGACAUGCAGAAGACGAUUACAAGUUUACGAAAGCAGAUUAAAAGACUUGAAGCCCGUCUGAGGAAGACUGACUGCACUGAUAGCGAGGGACGCGAGCGAACAGAUGGAGAGCGGUGGAAAAAGGACUCCUGCUCCAUAUGUGAAUGCAGAGAUGCCCAGGUGACCUGCUUUGUGGAGUCUUGUCCACCGGCCAAGUGCAAACGGCCUGUCAAGUUAAAAGGCGCCUGCUGCCCGGUGUGCCUGGAACAGCCAGAUGUUGACAAGCGACAAGAAGCGAACACCCACCACGACUAACCCUCAGGACCCCCCUGACAAACACAUUCUAGUGUCUGAAAGUCACACACACACACAGACAUCCAGAGAGAGGAUGAGACUCUUGAAGGUGUGCUAAUCCGCAGCCACCAAUAGCCUCGAUAGACCCAAUAGCCUCAGUUUUUUGUUUUGUUUCACUUUGUAUUCUUUUUCUUUGAUCAGUGGAGGGGUUGGGGUUUUUUUUUUUUGUUCUUUUUGGCCUCUUGCCCCCUCCAGGACCAGCAGCCUGAGGCUCAGUUUGAAAUCCUUUGGCAACAAGCCAGCAAUCACUAAAUGGAUUUAUUUCUGAACCGAUGGGUGGAUGCAUGGAUGAAUGGGUGGAUUGUAAACAAGACGGACAAAAUCUCUCCUCCUCGCUUGGAGUCCACUGAGGCCUCUGAAGUGUAACAAACAGCCACUGUGUUUGCUCUCCUGCGACUAACACUUGGUGACAAAACGCAGGGGCCAGUUUGCCGUCGACAAGCGGGAAAGGGAAGUAGAUUGAAAGGCGGCAGCCGUUAUGUUGUAUCACAGAAUUUUCUCAGGUUAGAGAUGCCGAAAACUGGUGCUAUUUUCCCCCCUUUUUUUUUUUAUUAAUGAUUUAAUCACUAAAUACAAAUCUUCAGUAUUGUCUUUUGUAUACAAAGCAACCUAUAUACACUCAGUAUAUGCCUUUUAAUGAUAAAUCACAAUUGAGAGGAUUGUUUUAUUCAAACUAAAAGACUUUAUGAAUAGAGUUACUUCAUUUUAAUCCACGGUGCUUUAUAUCAUGUAAUAUGUAUUUUUUUUUUCUGUCCCUUUUUUGUAUAAAAAAAAAUGCUUACAUAUGAAGAUAAUGUGAAGCCCUACAAAAAUGUUUGUAAUGCAAAAGAAAUGUCUACUGAUUACUGCUCCUCUAUCCUUGGACAACUUUUUAGUAAACGUACUUAUUGUCUCUGCUGGCCUGUCCUGAACUUGAGUGAGGUGGAGCCGCACGGCGCUCCCCAUUGCAGGACACUCGAUCCAGCUCUUGCACUGUUGUGCUUCUUUCCAAGUGUCAUUUUGCUUUCAGAAAGCAGUGAGAGAAUCUCCAUUUUUACCACUGUAAUGUUGUGAACUGUCCCGGUAUUUUUUUUUUUUUUUUUUUGCUCAGUCUUCUAAAGCCAAAUGUAUGAAAAAUGAUUUAGUAACUUCUAAUAUUACAUAAAUAGCACAUGUUCUAUCUAUGAAACUAUGUAUGAAUGUCGUAUUGAGGUCAGGAUUUAGCCUUUGGUACUGCGAACUCUACCACAGCAGUAUUCUCCCUCUGACCUGCUCAUAGUUGUUUUUUUUUUUUUUAUUCAUGUUUAUUCAUCCUUAGUCCACAGACUACAGACAAUUGAAGGACUGCUACCAUGACUGUUGACUGUUCUUUUCUGCCUUUGUGGACCUGCUCUCUUAGCCCCAGUUUACACAAGGACACGCUUGCAUGCAUUCCUUUAGUCGAGCGUCCGCUUUUCUCUCUUUAAGCUUUUACUCAUGUGUGUUGAGUUUUUUGGGACGUUUCCACCUGCGAGGAUCAUCUUCAGCAUUGAUGUAGGUUAGGGAACGCUCGGCCUGUUCAUGUUUCUUUGCCGUGUUGAAGAUUUUGAGAGCGGGGGUGACGUCAUUCAGCAGAGCAUAUGUGGUGCGCAGGCUUUCUCUAGCCCUCUGACCCUCAUUCCACUGUAAUGGAAGCCAUAUGAGAGGGGAAGCAAGGGUGAUGUUGGGGGAUGGGUGCUGAUGAUUGGGAUACAGUGUCAAUCAAAACAAGUCUUCAACGUGUUGCUAUUGUGAGACAGAUUUAUUCCACUGACUCCUGUCAGCUGGUCCUCCACAAGUACUGUACAUAGACAAACGCCGCUCACUGUACCCCAUGCACUGGCUCACUUAGUGUAACAAAUGUCACGUUUUUUGUUUUCCUGUUUUGCUUUGCUCCUAAUUGUGUCGAAGCGGCUGCAGCUGCAGUGUUCCUUUCCAUUGUUUUCUUUAUGUGGUAACGUCCUGAGCAAGCAUCUGUCACUAAACAGAAAUAAUACUCUCUGGAAUGUUCCAUUCAGGAUUCCAGAUGGAUUAUGGGGCUGGCAGUCGCACUGGUAAAUUGGUAUCAUAUCGCAUGUUUGAAUAUACUGGACAGGUUUGUACAUCAAACUGUGUGUUUACAGUUGUGUAUUUUUCUCUCCUUCGUUGCAUUCUGACUGUGGCUUCUCCAACAACACCAGUAACAUCAUGUUGUCUGAUGUGUUUAUGUUUUACUGAAUUUAGUAUUUUGGUGUAAUUUCAUAAACUCUGUGAAUGAGUGAGUGUGUGAGUCUCUUUCUGUCUCAGUAACAGACUAAAUGCAUUUCGGCCCAAGGUUUGGCUGCCAAAGCACUGUGAGCUCUCUUUGUUACCAGUCUUGAUUCAUAUAUAUCUGUUGUAUUAGUUCAUUUUUGUUUUCAUCAUGGUUCACUCUCUUUUUCAUUUCCCCUUAAACUCCCAAAUGUCAAUGGAAUGCACUGCUCUGCAAGACUGAACAUGCUUUACCUACACUGUCCCUUAACCAGUGGUCAAUGUGGAUAUAGUAGUACCUGUCAUGACAUUUGUAUUGUAUUGUACGUUUGCCAAAGAAUGGUUUGCACUGUAAUGUAUGCCUCUCAACAGUAAUAAUAAAUAAAUAAGCCACAUUUGAAUUACA